AUGUCGCAGUCGCAGCGGGCACCGAGCUCGCCGUGCGACGCCACGUGGAGCCUCGCCGGCGGUGGCGGCGGCGUCCCCAGGAGGCACGCCCGGUCGCAGUCUCCGGUGAGCGGGCGGUCCGCCUCCGCCACGCCCAGCUGGGCCAGCUGGCGGUGGUCCUCGACCUCGAUGACGGACGACGGCGACAACGCUGACGACGAAUGCGGCGUGGUGGUGGUGCCGGCGAGGGGCACCGAGACGCCCGCCACGCGCGCCCGGAUGCCGGGUCUGUCCCGGUGCGCGUCCUUUGAGGCGCGGGCGAGGAUCGGCGCGGCCUCGCCGGGCACCGCGCGGCGCGUGGCCGUGCGGCUCUACGACAGCCUCCGCCGCCACGGGCUGCGCCAGGAGGCCGACCGCGCGUUCCGCGACGCCGCCGUUGCCAACGACGACGCGCCGGCGGCGGACGGUGGUGGCGGAGCGGCGGCGGAGCGGGAGCUGACGGGGAUGGCGUGCCUGCUCAAGGACGGCUUCGUCGGCUACCUCAGGGAGCUUGCCAAGAUCACCCCACCUGUUCCUAAGCAGGUCGUCAAAUUCUGUGGGAUAACAUACCUGGCGAAGAUCGAGACAGCUACCUUCAGCUAUGAAACCUUUGGCAACAAGCUGCUUGAGUACUUUGUGCAACCAAUAAGAAGCCUGUCCCUGAGCAAGCGAUCAGCAGAGCUUCAAAUCUUGAAGGGAAUUGAUGGCUACAUCAUGCCGGGUUCUAUGACUCUAGUCCUUGGUCCGCCUGGCAGUGGAAAGAGCACCUUGCUGAAGAUACUUGCCGGUAGAGCCGAUCCAGGCCAAGAUUCUGGGCUGUCAGGCAUAGUCAACUACAAUGAAAAGACAGCAUCUGAAGUUCGAAAGAGUCGAUUAAUUGCCUAUGUCUGUGGACAGCUCAACAUGCACAUCCCCUUCCUCUCAGUCCGAGAAACUCUCGAGUUCGCAAGGGACUGCAUGCAGGUUCUCCGGCCUGAGAAUUUUACUCCACAGAUGCGAAAGUUCUUUGCCUACGCGCUUGUAGAAGGACAGGAUCCUUUCCUUGAAUAUGUCAUGCAGAUUCUUGACCUGAAGAAAAUAGAGAAUUGCCUUGUUAGUGGGAUAUCAGAUACUGACAGGGAUAAACUGACAAUAGCUGAACUUGCACUAGGGACCUACUCAGUUAUGGUCUAUGACCAGCCAUUGACAGGCUCAGACCUGGCAAUGACCUAUGAUUUGGUCAAUACUAUCAGGGCUGUCUGUAGAAUCCAACAAUCAUCUGCAGUCAUGGCCCUCAAUCACCUCUCGCAAGAAGCAUUUGAUCUCUUCGACAGGAUCAUCCUACUGGGAGAAGGGCAUGUGCUGUACCAAGGGCCAAGACAGGACGCAGUCACAUACUUUGCUCAACUAGGGUAUAUGAAGCCAUCGCAUGUCGAAUCCUGGGAGUUUCUUCAAGAUAUUGCUGCUGAAAAUGGAAUGCAGUACCUAUUACCAAGGUUAACUCCUAGAGGUUUGGUGGAGCUUGUGGAAUGCUACUAUUCAUCUGACCAUUACUUGGAUAUCGUAAGGGUCAUUGGAAAGAACAAGGAGUUCAGUACAUACUGGGUUGAGAGUGAGCCAGGAAUCGGCUUAUCCUUGAAAGAAGCAAGCACCUUAAACUCAAAUGCAGAACAUCAAGAAAUGGAAAUAGUUGUGGCAAAGCUUCUGAACAAAUCUGGAUCUGCUACUGGGGCUGAAAGUACAGGGAACAUCCAAGCACUCCUUUAUUCAGUUUGUGUGUAUUUUCUAGCGGGUCUGACAUUGGAAAACAAUGGAGUAGUGUUCCUCGACUACUUAGUUCUGAUGUUUCUCGUGGCUUACUUUGGAUCAUCAUUCUUCUUCUUUCUGAGUGCAGUGGCACCCAUUCCUGAAGCAGCAAAUGCUUUGGCAGGCCUCAUAGUCGCCAUUUUCCUUCUGUUCAGUGGAUUUGUGAUUUACCCAUCUAAUAUCCCUCAAUACUGGAAGUGGCUAUUACACAUCAAUCCAAUUCGUUGGGCCAAUAUGUCCUUCUGCGAUCGACAGUUCUCAUAUGGUUACAAAGACUUCUGCAACAAAUAUCUAAACCAACUUACUUUCUGCAAGGACAAUCCAGAGAUGGCUACUGGCAAGGCCUACUUAAUCUAUGCUGAACUGUUGACAGGUGUUUCAGGAAAGCCUUGGUUCCCUUAUAUAAUUCUAAUUGGUUGGACGCUACUCGCCCUGUUAAUGGCAUUGAUAUUCCUAAAUAAGAUAGAGUUUUCGCAAAUCAGUCAAUCUGUGCCACAGAUUAAAAAAAGGAAGCUUUCAAAGAACUUUUUGUAUGAUGUGGAGAUUUAUUCAAGUUCAACUGACAGUUGUAUAGAAGCUUCUAUUGAGUCAGGAAGACACAAGUUUCUGGAGUCACCAAAGUUAGCAUCUAGUUCCACAACAAUAUUUUCUGAGGAUGAGAAUGCGAGUGUCAGGAACUGGAGGGAAGAAUUUAGAGUUAAAAUUGAUUCAGAACAGUUGACAAUACCAGUCACACUGAUGACUUUAUCAUUCUUGGAACUAUCAUUUGUCAGUAUGACAAGGCUUUCCGGUGACAGGUGUGGAAAGGUAACAAAGGAAGAAGCUAUAGAUUUUGAGAAUGUCAGUGGUUGUGCAAGACCAGGAAUUAUGCUAGCUCUUGUAGGGGGUGCUAAUGGAAGUGUAGCUACACUGCUAAAGUGCCUUUCAGGUAGGACACCUCUAGGUGGUAGUUUUACUGGAGAUAUCCGAGUCAAUGGCACCAAAUCCUCUGCUGAUUUCUCAAGAAGAGUGGGCUAUGCUGAGCGGCUUGAUGCACAUCAACCUUACCUCACCAUACGUGAGUCACUUCAAUUCAGUGCCAGCCUUAGAUUAACAAAUCGCAUAAGCAAAGCAAGAAGGCAUAUGCAUGUUCAGUUAGUUCUUGACCAGCUGGGCUUGCAGUAUUAUGCCAAUAACUUGGUUGGUUCCCUGAGAGAUGGGACUGGGAAAACAUUUGAAGUAGCAAAGAAGCUCACAAUUGCAGUUGAACUUGCAGCAAACCCAAGUAUUCUAUUCCUUGAGGAGCCUCUUUCAGGUCUUGAUUCAUCUGGUACCUCAGCAAUCUUGAGCAUCUUAUCACAAUUACCAGUUUGCGGUCAAUCGGUCAUCGCAACAUUUAACUAUCCCAACACCCGUGCACUUUCACACUUCCAUCAAGUCAUCAUCCUAACUCAAGAAGGCCGUCAAGCUUACUUUGGCCCAGUAGGACUCAAUUGCCAUGAAAUACUUGGAUACUUUACCGCGAUCCCAAGGGUUCCUCACUACCUUCAGACACAGAAUCCUAUAAGUUUUGUUAUGGGUGUAACUGGACUUGGAAUUCCAAGAAAAAAACUUGCAGUGACAGAUUUUGCAGACGAGUUUCAGAACAGUCAUUUGUAUGAGGUGGCCAUGAAGGUCAUUAACACUGCUAUGAAGAACAACAAACAUGGAAAUGAAAAGGACCAUAACAUGAGAUCCAUUAGUUACAACUAUCCAGUGUCAUUUAUAAGGCAAAUAGGGUUGGUUUUGUUAAGGACACAGAGGUUCUUAUGGAGGAAUGUCAACUACACUUACAGCAGGUUUACUGGCUGUGUGAUGAUUGGAUUACUGAUGGGCUCACUCUAUUUUAAGAUUAAGUACGAAGACACAUAUGAGGUGACUUCUAGAUCACUGUACAUCUACAUGCAAACUAUACUCAUCGGGGUUAUAUCUGCUAACAAUGUGAUUCCUCAAAUUGGCACUGACAAGCUUGCCUACUUCCGUGAAAUGAGGUCCAAGAUGUACCUUCCAAUAAUCUAUCCUGUGUCAUGGGUGAUCAGUGAAAUUCCCUACUUCCUCAUAGCAACAUUGGCAUUCGUGGGCAUUGGCAAUGGCAUGGCGGGGAUAGCAACCCAGACAGCCGCCGAUUUCUUGGCCUACUGGUCAGUUCUCUUCCUUUUCACACUCUGUAUGACCUACUUUGGCAUGAUGAUUACAUUCCUGGCUCCGAGCCCGAUCCUCGCCGCCUUCCUCGUCUCCAUAAUCACAUCGCUGUGGAUCUCUGCCUCUGGUGUGGUGGUCCUCUUCUCCGAUAUCAGGUUCUACAAGUGGAUGUACUGGAUGAACCCGUUUCAGUAUGCGAUGAGUGUGCUGACGGUGAUAAGUUUCUACUGUGACACAUCCCAGUGCGAGAGACAGUGCCAGUGCCCACAGCUCCCUGAUGGCUCAUAUGUGUGGGAAAGGAUAGCAAGCAUACGAUCCUUGAGUGAAAAGAGGAUAAGCACCGAUGUGGUAACCUUAGCAGGGAUGAGCAUUAUGUUUGCUGUGUUCGCUUUCCUCUUCUUCACCGUGCUGAAGCACAACUCAGCACAUGCCCAUUGA